UCCGCCCCCUCCAGUGCGUAAGAUCCGGCUUGGAGGAAAGGGAUGAAUGUUAAUUUCAAAGAUGGCGGCGGAGGGAGGAGGGAAGGAGAUGAACGAAAUCAAAACUCAAUUCACCACCCGGGAAGGCGUCUAUAAACUCCUCACUCACUCCGAAUACAGCCGCCCCAACAGAGUGCCUUUCAACUCGCAGGGCUCCAACCCGGUCAAGGUCUCCUUCGUCAACGUCAACGACCAGUCGGGCAACGGGGACAGGAUCUGUUUCAAUGUGGGCCGUGAGCUCUACUUCUACAUCUACAAAGGCGUGAGAAAGGCCGCUGACCUGAGCAAGCCCAUCGACAAGCGCAUCUACAAGGGGACACAGCCCACCUGUCAUGACUUCAACCACCUCACCGCCACGGCCGAGAGCGUUUCGCUGCUGGUGGGCUUCUCUGCCGGGCAGGUGCAGCUCAUCGACCCCAUCAAGAAGGAGACAAGCAAGCUCUUCAAUGAGGAGAGACUAAUAGACAAGUCCAGGGUGACGUGUGUGAAGUGGGUUCCAGGCUCCGAGAGCCUCUUCCUGGUGUCGCACGCCAGCGGCAACAUGUACCUGUACAACGUGGAGCACACGUGCGGCACCACCGCACCACACUACCAGCUCCUAAAGCAGGGUGACAACUACUCUGUGCACACCUGCAAGAGCAAAUCCACGCGGAACCCCCUCCUCAAAUGGACGGUGGGUGAGGGCGCCCUCAACGAGUUCGCUUUCUCCCCGGACGGGAAGUUCCUGGCGUGCGUGAGCCAGGACGGCUUCCUGCGGGUGUUCAACUUUGACGCCGUGGAGCUGCACGGCACCAUGAAGAGCUACUUCGGCGGCCUGCUGUGCGUGUGCUGGAGCCCAGACGGCAAGUACAUCGUAGCGGGCGGCGAGGACGACCUGGUCACGGUGUGGUCCUUCCUGGACUGCCGGGUGAUCGCGCGCGGCCACGGCCACAAGUCGUGGGUGAGCGUGGUGGCCUUCGAUCACUACACCACCAGCGUGGAGGAGAGCGACCCGCUGGAGUUCAGCGGCAGCGACGAGGACUUCCAGGAGCAGGUGGCCAACUCGGGGCGGGACCGCGCCAACAGCACGCAGUCGCGCCUCUCGAAGCGCAACUCCACCGACAGCCGGCCCGUCAGCGUCACGUACCGCUUCGGCUCGGUGGGCCAGGACACUCAGCUGUGCCUGUGGGACCUCACCGAGGACAUCCUGUUCCCGCAUCUGCCUCUUUCACGGACACGCACGCACACAAACGUGAUGAACGCUACCGUCCCGCCGGCAGGCCCCACCAUACUCACUUCUAGUACUAACGCCACCAACGGAAGCACCAGCGAGGCCAGCACUCCUGGCGUGAACUCUGUCUCCAGUACACUACCGCGUUCAAAUAGCCUGCCCCAUUCCACCACUUCCGGCACCACCGCAAUAACCACAACUACGACAGCAAAUAACACUAACAAGCCGAGCGGCGGCAUCAUGGACAGCACCAUCGCCACGGGCGUCAGCAAGUUCGCCACGCUGUCGCUGCACGAGCGCAAGGAGCGCCACCACGACAAGGACCACAAGCGCAACCACAGCAUGGGCCACAUCAGCAGUAAGAGCAGCGACAAGCUUAACGUGCUGACCAAGAUCAAGGCGGACGCCGCCAAGACACUGGGCACGCCGCUCUGCCCGCGCAUGGAGGACGUGCCGCUGCUUGAGCCGCUCAUCUGUAAAAAGAUAGCGCACGAGAGGCUGACUGUGCUCAUAUUUUUAGAGGACUGCUUAGUAACUGCUUGUCAGGAGGGAUUUAUUUGCACAUGGGCCAGGCCGGGCAAAGUGGGUUUAUUGUCCUCCCAAAACCAAGCCAGCUCUCCCAGUGGAACAGUAGUAUAGCCCACAACACAUCUGCUGCUAAAAAAAAACAAAAACACGCAAGCCACAGUCUGAUGCUGCUUUCCACUUCCUCUGCGAGUGUUGCAAGUUUCCUUUCCUUUUUUAUUUUAUAUGUGAUUUUUGUAUUAUUAAAUCCCCUGCCUUCCUACCUGCCUUUUUUCUAUUGAGCACUCACUUUGGAGCAGUGUUUCCCCAACCUUGAUUGAGUCAAGGUGUUUGUUUUACAUUGGAAAAAUCUCACGGCACGCCACAAACAAAUGUCACAAAAAGUAAAUUUACUGGAAAAAAUAGUCAAGCUACUCUACAAAUUGAUUUACUUAUUUACCCUUUGUCAUCUAGUGGAAGCUCGUAAUUAGAUCUGCCUGUCACGAUACGUCGGUGACAUAGAUGAACAAAGAGACAUUUAAAUAUAAAGUAAAUAUAUUCAACAUCUGUUGACCUAUUAGGUGAAAUUGGACAGUUGGGAAUCACUGCUUUCGAGGCGGGGUGAACAACCUGCGCCCAAAGACAGCCUGCUUUGGGGGCAAUCCCCCCCCCCCCCCAAAAAAAAAAAUUUAACCACAAAUGCCUAUAAUACUUCUUCCCCAAAAUAUUUUUUUUCCAUAGGAAAAAGGUUGCCCAUCCCUGCCUUAAAGAGGAAGACCGCAUCAAAAAAAGAAAAAAGUGCAAUGUGGACUGUUGCUCUACGUUAUUAGUUUUUAACUAAUUUUUACAUUCUUAUAUUAUUAAAGCAUCUUUCUAGAAUGUCAAAACUCAUCCUGAGAGGAUGGUUCCAUAACACUUUUUUUUUUUUUCUUAACUAGAAGUGUAGCCUAGACUGCUCAGGGUUAUUACAAUUGAGUGGAGUUUUUUAUUUAUUUCUUUUUUAACGAUCAAGCGAGCAUCUGGCAAUGUUGCAUCCUUUACAUCUGCCUCCCCACUAAUGACUUUUGCACUGAAUCUUUUUUUUUUGGUAUUACUACUACUCUGUUGGAGCAAAGGAUAUAAAAAAAAAAAAGCAGGCAGGGGACUGUUUUAACAUCCUCAUCAGAAUCAUCUUUAUUCCCCCCUCCCCUAUAAUAGCGAAAAACUGGAUGCUGCAAUUAUGUAGUCUUUUUAAAGCGAGAGAGAAAAGUUUGCACUUGUUUGUUAGAUGGAAAAAAAAUGGCUUUACAUGUUUUUGUGCUGUGCUCACAACUCACAGAUGGCUAAUACAGUAGAGAGGAAAAUACUAAAAUCUUUUAUCUAUUGAGCAUUUAUUUUAAUAUUGUGUUCAGAUUGAAAUGUGCUCUGUAUCAUAUUGUGUAUAUUGUAAUUAAUUGAUUUGAUGACGGGGGAGGGCAAGCUUACCAUUUCCACUGUGGGAAGUUUUGUCAUGGAUUGUUAUAUUUCUAAAGCCUAAAGUAUACAUAUUAAUAAUAUUAAAAAUAAUCUUGAAUA